AUGACGAGAAGCCAGCAAGAAGGGACCUCUAGGCAACAAAUGGAGGGCGUCACACCAGAGGAACCAGUACCUGACGUGGUGAUGCAGGGAGGAACAGAGGAAAGCAUUCUAGCUGUACUAAGGCAGCUUAAGGCAGAAAUGAUGGAGAUGAAGAAGGAGCGCGAAAGAGAUGCACUGGAACUCUCAGCCCUAAGAAGGGAAAAUGUCGGCCUAAGGGAAGAGAUAAGGACACAUGUCCCCUCCCUAACUACUCCCGUCAUCCAAGAUCAAGGGGAAUCCUCAGCGCUGCAAGAAAAAUCAAGACAGGUAUAUCAAUCGGUAACCAGAAAUGACCGGGACGACCUUGUGAACCGGAGCCCGUUCAUUCACCACAUUCUGGAAGCUAAGUUGCCCGAUAAUUGGAGAAGGUUGGUAAUAGACAAAUACGAUGGCACAUCCGACCCCGGAGAGCACGUGGACAUCUUUACAACACAGUUCGCCACAAGCCAGCCUCAUCCUUUAACAUCCUUGGCCCUAGUCAAUAUUCGCCAAGAGAAAGGAGAAUCACUUAGAGCGUUCAUGGAGCGCUUUGGCAAAGUGACUCUUUCAAUUCAUAACUUGGAACCAGCAGUGGCUAUGCACCUCCUCACAACAGCGUUGAAGCCAAGACCCUUCGUUAAUAGCCUCUACAAAAAACCCCUGAUUGACCUAGAUGAGUUAAGGAGUCGGGCUGCGAAGUAUAUGCAAAUGGAAGAAUUAUCCGAAUACCGAAACCAGGUACGGAUGGAUCAAGGAUCUAACUCAAAAAAUGUAGAAAGGAGGGAGACUUUUAAAGCAAGGCAGGGGAACGACAGAGGAAAUAAACUUGAACGACUACCUCGAGGACCUAAGUAUCCUUCCUACACAACGCUCAACACUAAUCGGUCCAGAGUACUUGAUCAAGCGUUGGCCACAGAAAUAUUGAGAAUGCCUAGACGCGCUAACACUCCUCCUCGGGCAGAUAAAAGUCCCAUAAGGCAACCUAACAAAGGAAGAGACCGUCACCCUGAUUUACCAAAGAGAUCCGACGACAAAAAAUUUGAACGACACAGGAGCAGGUCCAGAGAACCCCCAGCUAGAAGAUUUGAACAAGAGAAGUAUCCGAAAAGGGUCAUUAACACCAUAGCCGGAGGGUUCGCUGGUGGAGGACUUACCCAUUCGGCUAGAAAGAGGCAUCUUCGGCAUGUUCGUUCGGAUGAUCCCAUGGUAAUUAGUGUAGACAUUCUUAACUGUACUGUUAAAAAAACACUAAUUGACCAAGGGAGCUCGGCCGAUAUCCUAUACCGGAAUACAUUCAAGCAAUUAGGCAUCUCAGAUCAAGAGCUCAAAGAAUAUCACGAACCGUUGGUCAGUUUUUCCGGGGAACGAGUAAAUACCAAGGGGUGUAUUGACUUGUAUACCUCAUUUGGAUCAGAGCAUGAGGGAAAACGCAUAAGAGUCACUUAUCUUGUAGUACAUGCGAACACAUCUUAUAAUAUACUAUUCGGCAGACCAUCCCUGAACAAAUUGAAGGCCAUAGUGUCCACUCUGCACUUCGCCAUGAAAUUUCCGUCUGAAAAAGGCCGAAUUGUUACCGUCCAUGCUAAUCAAAAAACAGCCAGGGAAUGCUACUUCGCAAGUUUACGCCUUAAGCCCUUUCAUGGGAAUAACCGAGAUGUCAAUAUUGUAUCCCCUCGGUUGGGAAAAGAGUUGGAUGUUGAACUCGAUCCUAGAGUGGAUGAGGAAUAUCGAGUCGAGCCCAAUGAAAACAAACAACCCUUCCAACUAGGAGCAAAGCCAGAACAAGUUGCGUAUUUAGGGAUCAGUUUGAAUGUACAAGAAAAGAAAAUCCUCCAAAAGAUGCUAUUAGAUAACGCCGAUUUGUUUGCUUGGACAGCCUCGGAUAUGCUUGGCAUUGAUCCAACAUUUCUUUGUCACCACUUAUCGGUCUACAAAUGGGCCAAACCGGUAGCUCAAAAGAAGAGAAAAAUUGGUGGUGAUAGAGCAAAGGCAGCAAACGAAGAAACCAGCAAACUAAUACAGGCUGACUUUAUCCGAGAAGUCAGGUACUCAACAUGGUUAGCCAACAUCGUCAUGGUUAAAAAAGCCAGUGGCAAAUGGCGAAUGUGCACGGACUUCACGGACCUCAAUAAAGCAUGCCCAAAGGACGCAUACCCCCUACCAAACAUUGAUACCUUGGUCGAUGGUGUAGCCGGUCACAAAAUACUGAGCUUUUUGGAUGCUUAUUCUAGGUAUAAUCAAAUACGAAUGUAUCCCCCGGAUGAGGAAAAAACAGCAUUCAUCACAAAUUCUGCAAAUUUUUGUUAUCGAGUGAUGCCGUUUGGUUUGAAGAAUGCAGGAGCAACAUACCAGCGACUCAUGAACAAAAUUUUUGAAAAACAAGUGGGUAAAUGCAUGGAGGUGUAUGUAGACGACAUGGUAAUUAAAUCCCUCGCAUUGAAGCAACAUCUUGACCACUUAGAGGAGGUAUUCGGAGAAGCCAGAAAACAUGGUAUGAGGUUUAAUCCUGAAAAAUGUACAUUUGGUGUAGCUGGCGGUAAAUUCUUGGGCUUCAUGUUGUCUGAAAGGGGGAUUGAGGCAAACCCCGACAAAUGUAGAGCCAUCAUCGACAUGGCCAGCCCUCGCAAUGUCAAGGACGUGCAACGACUGACCGGGCGGAUUGCAGCCCUUGCUAGAUUCUUGCCAAUAAUGACAGAAAGGUCUCGGCCUUUCAUUGAAUUGUUGAAGAAAUCUAAAAAAUUCGCUUGGUCCAAUGAAUGUGAGGACGCCUUUGUACAAUACAAGCAUGUGCUGGCAGCGCCACCUGUGUUGAUUAAACCAACACCAAAUCAGGAAAUGAUUGUUUAUUUGGCUGUGUCCGAUCACGCCAUCAGUUCAGUUUUACUUCAAGAAACACCUGAACCGAACCCCGUAUAUUUCGUUAGCAGGACACUCCAAGGUCCUGAAUCUCGGUAUCAGUUAAUGGAGAAAGUGGUACUUGCCUUAGUCUACACAGCUCGUCGGUUAAGACACUACUUUCAGAGCCAUCGGAUGGUGGUAUGUACAGAUUGUCCGAUGGCCAAAAUUUUGAGGAAACCAGAAUUGGCUGGUCGGUUGGUGGCAUGGACAAUUGAAUUAUCUCAAUUUGACAUCCAUUUCGAGAACCGACGCCCCCUUAAAGCCCAGGUGUUAGCCGACUUCAUCAAUGAGUUCACUACACAACAUAAUACCACUUCAGACAUGUGGAAUUUGCACGUUGAUGGAUCAUCAAAUCAAUUAGGCAGUGGAGCGGGGGUCAUUCUUGAAGGACCGAAUGCAUUCGCCAUUGAACAAUCUAUCCGGUUUGGAUUUAAGGCGUCCAACAAUCAAGCCGAAUAUGAAGCUUUACUCGCCGGUCUCAGGCUAGCAAAGGAGAUGGGGGUUAAACGCAUUACUGCUUGGAGUGAUUCAAAAAUUGUAACCGAACAAGUUAACGAUUCCUAUCAGAUCAGGGACUCGGUCAUGCUUAAAUAUUACCAGGAAGUCAAGAAAAUAAAAGCCAAGUUUGAGGAGGUAUGUAUUCAGUACACAUCAAGAAACAUGAACGCACGAGCCGACAGGCUAGCUAAGCUGGCUAGCCAACGGAAACCAGGGCAGUUGCAGAGCGUGGUUCACCAACAAAUCACCCAACCUAGUGUCGCCAAACAAGAAUGCAUGGACAUGGAAAAUUCAUCUCAUAAUUGGAUGACCCCUCUCAUCCGAUACCUCACUGAUGGCAGCCUCCCACAGGAUACAGCUUCAGCUAAGAAAAUAAAAGCACAUGCAGCCAAAUACCUUCUUCUCGGCAAAGAAUUGUAUCGAAGAGGAAUUUCAACCCCCAUGCUUAAAUGCCUAGACAACGAUCAAGCUAACUACGUCAUGAGAGAAAUCCAUGAAGGUAUUUGUGGAACCCAUUCGGGCAGACGAACUAUGGCAGCAAAAGUACUCAGAGCCGGAUACUACUGGCCAACAAUAACUCAAGAUUGUCAUUUGUUUGUAAAAAAAUGCAUUCCCUGUCAACAACACGGUCCUCACCUGCGCCAACACGCCGAUACUCUUCGCCACAUUAGCUCUCCCUAG